AUGGUGCAGUUGGGUAAAGCGUACCUGCGAUAUGAGGCCGCAGGGCAGUUCGGGACCAUUCAGAGCCCAAAUUGUAACCUGGUCCUCUCAGGUUGCGGAAAAUACGUUUUCACUUGCUGUAACGAGGCAGUCGCAUGCUGGUCACUCAAGCGGAAUGAGUGUCUCUUCCACUUCGACGCGUCCACCUCAGACGAUGUCAAGGUACCUUUUUGUUCUAGUGUGAGUGAUCGCAUGCAUUGCAUAUCGUUCGAUUUUAUUUUUGGCUUGAAUCAUGGAUUGCCUUUGGACGUAAAAUCGGUUUUAAAUUCAAUCCUCAGUUGAUGCAACACGUGCACUCUACUUAUUGAAAUCGAAUCAACACAGCUUCUCGUCCCUGUGACCCAAUUGGGUUGGUUGCGCGUUGGCAGCACGAUGGCAGUCGGCUAUGCUGAUGGCACAGUCCGUUUGUGGGAGUUCUCUACGAAUACGCCACAAGGAGCGGCGCUGCGUGACUACGACGUUUUUGACCUGAAACCACCUAAGCUGAAAGUCACUUUCCAUGGUCACAAGAACCAUGUUUCGUGCCUGGGUUUCUGCAAAAAUGCUGCGCGGUCCUCGACUGAACCUGCAACGAGGCAGGGAAAUAAGAUUUUGCCUUCUACUCUUGGUGCUUCGCCAAGCAAUAGCAUUUCUUCAGACAUGCAACUCUCCUCGGGAUCAACAAGUGUUCAAGGGAGCAGCUUGCUUGCUAGUGGCGGCUAUGAUACUGACAUCGUGAUCUGGGACGCAGUAGGCGAAAGUGGUGUGUGUCGAUUGCGCGGACACCGAGAUCGAGUCACCGGUGUGCAAAUCUUGCCGGAUGCAGAGCGCGUACUCUCUGUUGGAAAGGAUCGCACUAUUAAGCUGUGGUCCAUCGCAACGCAGGUGUGCCUGCAAACGUUAGCAGAGCGCGUGGAGCUGUGGAGCGUGGUGGCGCUAGAUGCCGACUCGAUCUGGGGCAAAGCAAAUCCCAACAAAGCUAUAGAAAAUGCUGGAAACAAGAACGGAAAGGCCUCAGUAAAUGAAUCAGAAUCUACAGAACAAAGGCCUCCGCCUUGUGCAAUCAUUGUGGGUGCGUCAGAUCACUUACUGCGUGUCUACGUCGAAGACGGCAGUGUCGCGAAUCCUAUGGAUCGACGAUUCGAAUCUGCAGGUUCGCUCCAGAGAACCGUGCAAAAUGCAGCAGCAACCGACCUGCAAUUGGCAUGUGACGGCAAGCUCCUCGUUUGCCAGAGCAGUGCCAAGACGGUGGAGCCCUUUAGAGUGCACGAUUCGCGUGAGACGGACAAAAAGCGCAAGCGACGACGAAAACGUGCUGCGGAGAAGCUUAAAAAGAAGGGAGGCGCGGUCUCAGCAACGGAAGAGGCCAUUCAGCGAGCGAUCGAGAACGGCGCUGAAGUGAGCAAACUGGUGGUUUCCGGAGACGGAACCGCCUACAACAACUUGGCCGCUGGUGGAGCGGCUGGAGACGCGUUUUAUCAGCCAACAGACGCGUUCACGCGACUUCCUCCACAUCGGGUCAAGGCCAAGCUUCACGGCAUGGCUUGGGCAGGCAACCGCUGUGCAUUGGGCUUGAACAGCAACGCUAUCGAAAUCCUGGAUGAAGUGGAGAUCCCGGAGGGCGACGAAGCGCCCUUGGAGAUGCGAUCCAGCUGCAGCCUUGCGGCAGAAGCAGAGCAAGAGAGCGAUACGGAGGACCAGGGCCGGCUGGGAAAUCUCGGUAAGAGUAGAGCAGCAGCGCAGCAACAAAGUUUGCAGCUACUGUCCAUCGAGCGACCGGGACACCGAAACACGAUUCGCGCAGUUGCGGUUUCUCCCGAUGAUAUGAUGAUCCUCAGUUUGUCAGCCGAGUGCAUCAAGCUAUGGUCUACGCAAACGCGCAAGUGCUUGCAGACCAUUCCUUCUGGCUACGGAACCUGUGGCUACUUCUUACCGGGAAACACGCAUGUCGUCAUCGGAACUAAAACUGGCGACGUCGAACUCUACGAUCUAGGUACCGGAACUUUGGUACAGUGCACCCCAGUUACGGAUGCACUCGCAGGAAUUGCGGACGGUGCAGGGGACGCGGCAGGCAAGGGCCAGGAACUCUAUGCCCUCGUCCCUACUCCCGACGAAACAGGCUUUUGCGUGGGCGGUGCCGACAAGACGGUCACGUUCUUCGAGUGGAUCACUGUCGCGGCAACGACUGGCGUUGAUGAUGGAGAGGGCAACGCGAAGAAGUCGAAGAAAGGCAGCAAAAACAAGGCUGCUGCUGGCAAGAAGAUCGGAACGGAUGGUGGCAGUGAGAUUACCGGAAAGACUUUGAGGUUUCGACGCGCCGCCGAGCGUGCACCGAUUGAGCUUUCGGACGAUGUCAUGGCUAUAGCGCAUUCAGCAGAAUGGAUUGCUGUUGGUAUGCUUGAUCACAAUGUCUCGGUCUACUAUGCCGACUCGUUGAAGCACAAUUUGUCUCUCUACGGCCACAAGCUCCCGGUCCUGUGUUUAGACAUCAGCACCGACCAGCAGAUGGUGGCAAGUGGCUCAGCUGACAAAACAAUCAAGCUGUGGAGCACGCGCUUCGGAAACUGCCUGAAGAGUUUGCGCGCCCAUGAAGACAGUGUUAUGUGCUGUAAAUUCGUGCGAGAAACGCACUACCUGGUCACGUGCGGCAAAGACAAGGCAGUGAAAACAUGGGACUGCGACACCUACGAACUCAUUUCUAACCUCGGUUACCACCAGGGCGAGAUCUGGGGCAUGGGACUAUCGUACUUCAUUAUGAACUUGUGAAUUUUCUCUGCUGAAACUUCAUUAUUGUCGAGAUUCACAGCAAAAAAGACGAACCAAUUUUCCUCAGGACUAGUCAUUGCUUACUAGAUCUUAGAUUUAUCAGCCAUCCUCAUUCCUGCUGCAACCUUGAACGUUUUCACCGAUUGUUCGUUGUGACUUUCUCAAUUUCAUUGCCCAACAGGUACGACGGUGCUUUCAUUGUAACCGGUGGUGCCGACCGCGCCUUGCGAGUAUGGCGGCGUACGGAGCAGCAGUUUUUUACUCGCGAGGAGCGAGAAAAAGAGCUAGAAGAGCAGAUGGAGCAAGACGCAGUGCGCAACGACUUCGGAGCCGGCAAUACCGUAGAAAAUUUGAGGCCCACGCGUAAAAAUCUAGAGGUCAUCAAGACGACAGAUCGACUUAUGGAUGUGAUUGACCGUGCUGAAGAUAACGUAAAGAUGGGGCUGGACAAGACUAGACAAACCUGCAUUGUCAAGAGUUUAAACUCGCUUUUGCCCGCGAACAUCUACGAGGUGCUUCUGGCUUUGCCGUUUAAUUACAGUCUCGACGUACUCGAAACUGUUUCGACCUUGUUGGAGUUCGUUUUGCAUAAAAAGAAUACAGCAAAGCUCGCUGGCAUCGAUGCGUCAGCAACGUCUUCAGAACGUCAGAUGAACAACUGCCCAUACUCGCUGAUUACCGAGACCACGAUUCGCGCAGCUUUGAUCUUGAUCCACGUGCAUGCCCGUCAGUUAGGCCAAAACGCAGAGUAUGCGGAAAUUUUGAUGCGCCUGCGUGACGGUAUUCGUCAAUUCGUGCAGCGGCACAUCCAAAAUGUUGGUGUCAACGCAGCAGCUAUGGAAUUCUACUUGGAAGACCUAAAACAUCGCUCAACGGUCCUGGUCGAUGGCGAGUUCCGAACAACUAAAAAAGUCAGCAAAAAACGAGCCGGCCUCCUCCCCGAUGCAACUAAGAGCACUAGUUCAUCUUCCUCCUCUUCCGGGACGGAGAAAGAUAGGAACAAUGAAGACACCAUUGCGACGAACACCACGACAUUAUCUGCAGAUAAUGAUGUUGAAGCCACGCCGAGGACUGCACUGCUAGAAGUUGCAGAAACGAUCAGCGAAAGCCUCCAAGACGAUGCAGCAGUAAGUAACAAGAGGCCUGCAGGCUCUGAAGCAGAGUUGGCGGGCGAGACAAGUGCAACAAAAAUGACUGGAGAAGGAAGGAAGAAAAAGAGAAAAGUGGUGAAGAAAUCUAAGGCCUGAAAACCCGCAGGUCUCUGAUGAAUGAAACGUCCUUUAAAGAUAUAGGAACCUACUUUAGUGUAUUACUGCUGAACCCUCGACAUUGCCUUUUAAAGAUGGAAAUCAGCAUUGUUAUGCGCAAAUUAUUAUCUGCUAUAACAAACUAAAGAGCA